CUUCAUCUGUUAAUUCAAAUGUUUGGGAAGCAGAAGGACUCGACUCAUCUCAGCGUAAACACAGGUCCUGUAGAGUAUUGGUGUCUCUACACAUUGUAUUGAUCUCUAUUGGGCUGAGAGCGGAUCUACGUGAGACCUCUGUCAGGCCUGGUCGGACAUCAUUCUACUGCUCCGCCCCUCGGCCAUGGUGCAUCACAGUUUAGACGCUGCAAUGAGCAUAACUCCAACAACCACCCUGGACAGCCAGCUGACCACGACCUGGAGCCCCACUAACUCCUACCCUGACGUGUCGAUGGUGAUGUCUGGUUACACAAGUCGCCUGUGGCCUCACGAGUCCCAGCCUCAGUUCUGGAGCAAGUACCAGGUGUGGGAGUGGCUGCAACAAGUCAUGGACAUGCACCAGAUCGAUGCCUCAAACAUUCCCUUCCAGAACUUUGACAUGGACGGUCAUCAACUCUGCAGCUUGAGCUACCAAGACUUCAUCCGCGCCGCUGGCAGCAUGGGAACCAUUCUCUUCCACAGCCUCACAGAGCUCAAGUGGAGCGCCCAGUACCACGUGGAAGUAGGACAGCUGGAACUCAAGCCUGAAUUUGAUUUCCCCUGUCCAUUUCCAGAUGUCAGCUAUCCACCCGGAGAGAUCUACGAUCCCAUGAUUCGCCCCCUCGAACCAGUUGCCUCUCCCACCCCUUCUAGUCCUGACAUAAAAAGAUCCUACAGCCGUCCCCAUCAGGUCAGAAAACACAAUCCAAGGGGGACCCACUUGUGGGAGUUCAUCAGAGACAUUCUUCUGAGCCCAGAGCGAAACCCAGGGCUGAUCAAAUGGGAGGACCGGACGGAGGGAGUUUUCCGCUUCCUGAAGUCAGAGGCAGUGGCGCAACUGUGGGGCAAGAAGAAGAAUAACAGCAGCAUGACCUAUGAGAAACUCAGUCGGGCAAUGAGAUAUUACUACAAAAGGGAAAUCUUAGAACGAGUAGACGGACGCAGACUGGUUUACAAGUUUGGAAGGAACGCCCGAGGAUGGAGGGAGUCAGAGAAGUGAUUAAUUUAUGUUCUGUCGUACGUAAAAAUGUGAUGUUUUAUUAUGGUUUGAAUUGAAUGUUUUCUAAUGAGGAUUUGUUUGAAGUGUUUACACGUUUUAUGUAUGUUUGCCUUUUUUUUCUUUAAAUGAAUCCCUUUGUUGUGACAAUGCACUGAGAUGUUGUUUACUGUGCCUUAUUGAAAAAACCUUUGCUUAUGAUACAUGCUAGCAGUCUAACCUCAAACAUAUAUGAAUGAAGACACUGUCAAGGACUUACAGAAAACAUGACAGAUGCUGGUUUACUUCACUCUCUACUGUUCAAGCCCGAAAUGCGUUGAUCCAGAAUUCAAACACACAAAAUUACUCUUUAUGAUAUCGAUACUGUGAAGUGUCCUUUGGGAACGAUGUUUGAUCUCUGCAUUAAUUUAACAACAUAAAGAAUGAGAAUACAAGAAUGUGCCAUAAGCACCAUGCAGCAUUGAAGUAAAGUGUAAAUAUUAACAGUUAAAUAAUGGUAUAUUGGAAGUUUGUCUUUCUUGGCUCAUUUCAUUGUUUGCUUUCACUAAGCUCAGUGUGUAAAUGUUUGUUGAUGUUUAUUAUAAAUAAAGCUUGAGACCUUUUUUUACUUUAUGAAA